GCUUGGGGAAUUCAUUCGUUGCUCAGAAUUCUUUGAGUAAUCAUAAAACGCUAUAUUAAGAUGGUGCAGAUCAAGUUUCUAUACUUUCUCUUCGCUCUGAUGGCCCUCGUUGUCCUGGGAUCCCAAGUGGCAGAAGCCGACUGCCUGUCUGGAAAAUAUAGAGGACCUUGUGCUGUUUGGGACAAUGAGCUCUGCAGACGUAUCUGCCGGGAGGAAAACCGUCAAACUGGACACUGCAGCCCCAGUCUAAAGUGUUGGUGCGAAGGAUGUUAAGCCAUCUCUGCCUCCUGACUUUAUUUUCAAUGUAUAAAUUCAGAAAAAUAAUAAAGUUGAGCGUGCACAUUUGUAAA